CCGUGGCCAAUCUGACGUAUAGAGAGCAUAGCAAUUUUUUUCUUGACGGCCGCACACCGAAAACACAAAAAGUGAAACGAGUGUAAAACAAUAUCAUCCGGCCUAUAUGUUCUGUGAUCUACUGUAGUGAGUCAUCGAAAGCGAUCAUGGCAUCGGCACAACAAACCUCAACCAGUAGCAGCAGUGCAAAAUCAAAGGACAAAAAAUCACAGGAGGAGAUCUAUGCCGAAUUUCAGCAGCUGCGAAAUCAACAGCGGAAUUUGAUCAAUAACUUAAACACCCUGGAGUUGGACCUCAAAGAACACAAAACAGUGAUCGAUACACUGAAAACGGUGGAACCGGGCCGAAAAUGCUUCCGCCUGAUAGGUGGUGUCCUGUGCGAACAAACGGUUGAAGUAGUCCUUCCACAGCUGGUUCAAAACAAGGAUCAGUUGGAAAAGCUCAUCGAAAAUGGCAAAGAUCAGAUUACCAAGAAAGGCAUUGAGAUCAACCAGUACAAGGAUGAGCAUAACAUUAAGGUUCGCGGUCAGGACACGACACCCGCAGCGACCAGUGAGAAGGAAAAUGUCGAAGAUAAAUCGUCCGGGAAUAGGAAUGUUCUGGUAGGAAACCUGUAACUUCUGACACUAUGCGGCAAGAGCACUUCGUUCGAUGCAAGUCAGCUGAUUCAAUAAAUUGGAUGGAUUGCGUCCUUGUUUCGGUUGUAAAAUUAUUUUUUGGGAUAACGAGAGUUAUAAGUUGCGCUGGUCGAAAUGGUAGUAUUGACGAACAAAGUGGAUACAGAUCGUAUUCAAUAAUCCCGUUCCCAAUUAUUUAUCGUAGCUCCUAAUCAGGUAGAAUUCAACGUUUCUAUGUAUUACGCCUCCACAUCAUCCUCUUCUAAUUAAAACUAACUUACUGGAAUUGUGUAUUUUAUAACUACCAUAAUUUCUGUUCACUGUUGCUUAAUGAAUUUGAAUAUAAGAAUACACAUA